CAACAUGGUCCUGGUGAAGAGACGGACAUCUGUAAGCCAAGACCGGUAGUUAGAAUUUAAGCGCUCAUACCUAGUUCAGUACAAUGACCGACUCCACGCUUCCGCUUCUCUGCAUCCUCGCGCUCCUCGCGCUGUCUUCUGCCUGCUACAUCCAGAAUUGCCCUCGAGGGGGGAAGCGCUCCUUCCCGGACCCCAUCACCCGACAGUGCAUGUCGUGCGGCCCUGGCGACAGGGGUCGUUGCGUUGGCCCCAACAUCUGCUGCGGCGAGGGGCUGGGCUGCUGGGUGGGCUCCCCAGAGACGGCGCGCUGCGUGGAGGAGAACUACCUGCCCACCCCCUGCGAGGCUGGAGGGAAACCCUGCGGGUCUGAGGAGGGACGCUGCGCCGCGCCGGGUGUGUGCUGCGACUCAGACAGCUGCGUGCUGGACCCCGAGUGCGUGGAGGACGGCAAGCGCCGGCCCCUGGCAGAGCAGAACGCCACCUUGAUGGGCGGCUCACCCGGAGAACUGCUGCUGCGAAUGCUUCACAUGACCAGCAGGGGGCGGAGUCCAUACUAACGCCCCACCGUCCCGCACCAGUGGCGCACCCUGGAACACGCGUGCGCCAAUCGCUGGUAUAGGCAAUGCUAAACCUGCUCAAAAAUGCUCUGUUGCACAGGCUUGAAUUCACAAAUAGCCAACACUGGAUAAACGUGUAUAUACAUGUAUUUUGGAAUCUGAUAUUGUUGUAAUUGAUUUAAUGACCAGUGGAGGGGGGGGGGGGGGCGGCGGCUAUCUGCCAGUGCUUUUUCCUUAGCCACAAACCCAGACACAACCCCCCACUGUAAACUCAGAAUCCUGCUUGAGUCUCAAAAUUAGCAUUAGUCACACUUCACUCUGUCUCUCCCUUUCUCUCUCGUGCACACACGUACACAUGCACACUUGCGCGCACACACAUACACACACACAGUAUACUUAUGUGAAUACUCAAGACACUCAAACACAGCUAUCAGACCUUUUGACAGUGAGGAGCUCUUGUUGAAAAAAAGUAAAACGGUUCUAAUCAAUGUUUACUGUAUGCUGAAUUUCCCCAGCAGGACACUGUACAUUUUACUGCUGAUUUUAAAAUAUGCACUGGACACUGCGUCACGAAGGUGUGGAAAGAGUGUAAAUAUGUAGCAAAUAAAUCUUUUUCUUGCACUGUUA